AUGGCGAUGAUGAUGGCUGGCCGUGUGCUGCUGGUGUGUGUCCUCUGCGUGCUGUGGUGCGGUGCGGGUGGAGGCGGUGCCGAAAUGAACGAUGAAACAUUGGUUGAUUCACAGCAUUUGUCUGGUGUCGGUGAAAAAGCUCCAAAGGGAUUGCCGGAGUCUGGUGAACGAGGUCCUGACAGCGCGGGGCAUUCUUUGGACAAAAAUAAUGGAAUUAAUUCCAAUCUGCAAGAGGGGACAGUCACAGGAACAACAACAGAAAGAGUUGGGAAGAAAAAAGAGGAAGAUGUGGGUGAUGAUGACGGUCUUGAAGAAGAAGAGGAAGAAGCAGAAACGGAUGAUGAUGAUGAUGAUGAAGAAGAAAAAGAGAAAAGUAAAGAAAAAGAAGAUACGCCACAAGCCGGGAAAUCCGAAAGUUCAUCGAAAGAGGUGGCAGCAACAAUACCAACAGCAUCUGGUCUCAGUGGAGUCGGUGGUGGUAGUCCUUCUGGUGUUGAUGAUGGCGGAUCGAAUGGAAGUCCUAACGGAAUUGAAGAUUUGAAUUUGGAGGUUCCUGGUCCUGUCGUGAACUCUCCGUCUCCCCUUCCCAAUGCUGCCGCUGGUGGUUUGCAGAAUCCCGACGGUGCUUUACCGUCUCAGAAGAAUAAUUUCUCAGAAACAGGUGUGCAUUCAGGAACGACGCUUCCAGCACCCUCACUGCCCAAACCACAGGCACCCGCGAUAACACAACCAAAAGCAGAAGAGCAGUCCUCCACUGAACAGGACACAGAAUAUAGUCCAGACAUAGAGGAGGUCACAACCGUAAAAGAAAAGGUGCAGAAUACCGUGGAGACAGGAAUUCCUUCCAGGGCGUCGUCUGCCGCCAGCAAGCCGCCCGUACAACAACCAACGCCACUAUUAACACAAUCACCGGCAGCACCAUCACCAGAACGAUUAGCAGCAGCAACAUCAGAAGAAAAAUCAAUAGCACCGAGUUUUUCAGCAGGAGAAGGAAGCCGUACAGCAACAAACGUCGCACAGAACUCAAAGGAAGAAAAGAAUGAAAAAUUGCCGUCAGAAAACGAAACGGAGUCCAAAGCGGUGGAACAGCCUUCAGGGAAUGAUGUGGCAGAGGAAAACAGUCCAGCGCGAACAACAGCAUCACCCAUUCCCGCAAGUGGCGGUGCCGAUGACCAGAGAAAUGCGGACGCGGAUAAUAGCAAUGCUCGAGUGCUUAAAUCCGAAGGAACACACAAGAACUCCGAAACUGGUUAUACAAACCUUGCUUCUACAGCCGGUGAUGCAGCAACACAAACAGAAAAAGCACCCGCCGACGCCAAAACAAACGAUACUACGAAGCCUGGUGACAGUGACGGCAGCACCGCGGUCUCCCACACCACCUCCCCUCUUUUGCUUCUUCUUCUUGUUGCGUGUGCGGCUGCGGCUGCGGUGGCGUCCGCGUGA